AUGGACGACGACAACCUCAAGUCGGUCUUGAAGCUGUGGUCGGAUCGAGAUCACACAAGUCCGUUGGAGGCUUUUCUCAAAGCUCCACCUCAAGCAGAGCUGGAGGCUGUCCUGGGCUUCAGUCUGAACCCUGAGCAUUACACGUCGCGGCCUGCCGACCGGUCGGACUCGAAGGGUGGGGAGGCUCAUGUGGUUGAGCAGGACACUUUGACGGAGUCACAAAUUGCGGCGGCGCUGUCGGAUGAGGGCAAGGAGCCCGAUCCUGCUGCGUUGCCUCCGCAGGAGGCGUGUGAGCCGGAGCCUGCGCCGCUUCUUGCGCUUCCUGUGGAGGCUGAGCAGUCCCCCAAGCCCAAGCCGAGCCCCUUCACAACGCCAGUGAAGCCCAAAGAGCCCGUCAUUGUGAUAUCCCCUGGCAGCCCCAUGGACUUCCAGUUGCAUGUAGAGAUUCCCAAAUUGGAGUCGUGUUUCGCGUACAUAUGCUCCAUGCAUGCAAGCGUGCGCGUGCUUUGUGUACUUAAGGCAACCACUCCUGUUCCUGUGGACAGUCCCCUUUCGGGGCUAUCGAGCCAGUUUGCCAGCAUGGAUCCCAACGUUCUUGAGAGCCUCCUUGCCCUUGUGAAGGAGAAGCUGCUCGUGUACUUCAGCCUUGUUCAAGCGCGCGUGUUUGUUUGUGAUGUGUCGCAUAACCUUCGGGCUUAUAAGAGCGAACUUAGGUCCCAGCCGGACCAGGACACGAAGAAGAAUGCGUUCGAACCACGACGUAGAAUAUCGUUCGGUUCAGAUGCAUCCACUGCCUCUGGGUCGAUCUCUUCAAAAGCCACUUCAGGCAGAAUGCGUGGCGGAAUUUUCCCUUUAUGA